AUGUUAUCUUUUGAGCAAACAUUACAAAAAAUUACAACCCUGUGCAACCAAUGCCCUAGUCUUCGAGAAGGGACUCGUGAAGAUCUCACCUUCAAGACGUUUUCCAAUGCUCCAGUUACCAAUGCUGAAGAAGGAAUGUGGUAUUCAGUUAACUUAACUCUUGAUUCCGUAUUUGGUCGCGACUGUAUCAAGAAGAACAUAUCAAAAGGGACCUUUGGACUUCCACUGGUGGUCGAAUGGGUCCGGAAAGCUCAAAAGCAUCAGACAUGGGACGGUGAUUGUGAUAAGUUGAUAAGGGUCAAGCUGGACAAUAUUAUAUCGGCGCUCAAAGAUGCAGGAGCUGAGGAUAACGAAUCUGAAGAGCCGAGCGUCUCAAAAUCGGUGGGUGGUACGAAACGACGGAUUGUGUCCAACCCAAAGACCUCAAAGACUCCAAAGCCUCCAGCCAAGCAACCAAAGACGACUUCUACAAACGACUCAAACACCAUUGUCUUGUCCUCUGACGACGAGGUGGUAAUCACAAAGGUUACCAUUCGAGGCACCACUAAGAAAGCUCAAAAGCAAGUCAAAAAAACGAACGUGGAAGAGCGUCCUGGAGGCAAAGAAUUCUCAUGCCAUUGUGGUGCCAAGCCAAUUUGGCUGGACAGUGGUCGUGUAAGAUCAGCAGAAGCUCACUGGGCUAGUGCAACUUGUAAGGACAAAACCUGUGGUCUCACAAAGACUACUCAGUUGACUUCUUAUUUCCAGUCUUCGACAGCCCUGAAUCCGAAUUUGAUUGAGGUAACUUGUCCUGGACUCAAUGACAACACAUGGAAGCGAGAUCGAGCUACACAAAGCAUCACAUCUUUUAUCUCAAAGACUCCUAGCAUUUAUCGUGGUAACUACCAACACGAAAUCUGUAGAAGUCUUUUUGGAAGCCAGGCUCAAGAGAGCAAGUUGUCAAAAGAACAGAAAGCUGAACUGAUAGCUACCCUGGAUGCUCGAUCUAUAUGGCAAGUCAAGCGACAAGGCGAGCGAUCUGCGAUUCAUUCUAGCAACUGUACAAAGACUUUUCUUCGUCGAAAGAGAAACAACAAGAAAUUGAUAAGCGAUGCUUGUGAAGAAGUCAAAGAAAACCGUAGCUUACUCCGAGCCAUCAAUACUAAAUUUGCCGACGACAAAACAUUCAAGUACUCUCGGAACACUUACCACGAGGACAACAACAACUGCUUCUCACCUACUUUAUUGAAACUUAGCAACUGUCGCCUCCUCUGCACAUCUAUUGACACAGCUGCAAAUGGCGAUUUUGGAAAUUUCAUGACAGUUGUUGCAGCAUCAUCUCGGAAUGGACUGUUUGAUAAUCGGGACGCGACACGUGGCUUGAUCAAGGCCGUUGCAAUCAAGGCUGCACGGGAAAACACUGGAAAGACAACUCGAGGGAUGAAAAUCGAUUUGUGUCUAGACGAGUUUGUGAUCACUCUGGGUGCCAUCAGCCCACGGGCUCUAAGUCUCUUCAACGACAACUUUGCAGGCCGUAGUAAUCGAAGUCUACGGAUGAUAAGAGCAAAAGAAGGAAUGCAUCUUCUUGAUGGUCUUCACAUCGCAAAUUUCAAUCGAAUCUCUCAAGUGCUGAAAGAUCUUGGCUACUCUGGUCCAGUCGCAGCUGCUUCAGAUCAGACAGUGUGUGUAAAGCGCCUUUGCCAUGAUAAUGGAUGUUUGGUUGGGGCUCAAGGUGGGGAUAUUCCUUUCAAGGAUGCUUCUGAGCUCCCAGAUCUGGUCAAAUCAGUUGUAAAGAAGAAAGAUCUCUGCUCCAAAUGUAUCCCCUUUGAACAGAUUCGAGCUUAUACACUGCAGGUUCCCUUGCCUAAUGUCCCAACUUUUGUAGUGGCUCUGAUCGCUAGUUGUGAUAAGGAGACUUCAAAUGACAUACUCGACAACCACAUCAAGUUCCUUAAUUUAGCAGAGGAAUCUGGUAUCAAUAUUCUUUUGCUUGGUGCAGACGGCGCACCAACUGAGCUAUGUGCUCAAUCUGCACUCGCGGAAACAGCAACUCAAUUUAUAUCAUACUCGAACUCAACGUACAACGUCCACAUCAAGGUCUCUCUUAUGGGUCAUCCUCCACGACCAAUUGUAAUGGUACAAGACCCCAAACAUGCUCGUAAGACUGGUGCAAACCAGCUGGGAUCCGGAGCUCGUCUAAUCAUCAUAGGCAAGUAUCAUGUCUCUAUACAACAGACGUAUUUGACUGCGACAAACAGGACGAUGGGCGAGCAUUUCGCACUUUGA